GUGUGUCCACCCCAGUCCUGCCACACCUUUUCCUACCAAGGGUAGGGGCUCCUCCAGACCUCAGUUUCUCUGCCCGUGAAAUGGGGCGGCUCUGGGAGGGGGGAGGGCUUGUAGUUUCCACGGAGACUCCUGCCUCAGCAAGUGGUGACAAAGGUGCCAAAGAAGGGAUCUCAGAGGAGUAACUGGAAGAGGGGCUGAGGGGCUCAGAAGGAGCAAGACUCUGAAGAGGGUGGUAGGGCCCUGGCCUGGGGCUCGAGCUCACAGUGUGAGACCCCAAAGUGGUGACGUCAUUUGCCAGCUCCCAGGUUAUCAGAAUGCCUCCCUCUUCCUCCUGCGUCACUCUUUCCCUGCAGAGCACCAGUUCUGAUCUCUCUCCUGUCCUGAAGUGCCCACCCCAGGCCCAGCCCUUUCCCCAGGGCCUGACUGCUUCAGAAAUUGGGGGGAGGGGGACAAAAGAAGGAAGUAGGGCUAGAAUGAUUCCUGUACUGGGGCCUGGAGGAGGGAGGAGCACUUCCUUACCUGAGGGCCAGGCCUCUCCCCUUGUUUGCUCUGAGAUAGCCGGUCUCGCUGGGGCCCGGCACCAGGAGGCUGCCGUGUGGGCACUCGCUACCUUCUCCCAGAGCCAGACACCCAGACGGACCAAGAGCCGGCAGGACGCGGCCAUGGCCUGGCUCCAGGGGCCCUUCCUCUGCGGAGCCCUGCUGGGCUGGGUCUGCUUGAGUGCCCCCGGGCUGGCCGUGGAGGUGAAGGUGCCCACCGAGCCCCUGAGCGCGCCGGUGGGCAAGACCGCCGAGCUGACGUGCAGCUACAGCACGUCGGUGGGAGACAACUUCGCCCUGGAGUGGAGCUUCGUGCAGCCUGGGAGGCCCGUCUCCUCGUCCCAACCCAUCCUGUACUUCACCAACGGCCAGCUGUAUCCAACUGGUUCUAAGGCAGAGAGGGCCAGCCUGCUUCAGAACCCCCCCACAGGAGGAGUGGCCACCCUGAAACUGACUGAUGUCCACCCCUCGGACACUGGAACCUACCUCUGUCACGUUAACAACCCGCCCGAUUUCUACAGCAAUGGGUUGGGGUUAAUCAACCUCACUGUGCUGGUGCCUCCCAAUAGCCCCUCGUGCAGUCAGAGUGGUCAAACCUCCGUGGGGGGCUCUACUGCAUUGAGAUGCAGCUCUUCCGAGGGAGCCCCCAGGCCAGUGUACAACUGGAUCCGCCUUGGAUCUUCUCCUACACCACCUCCCGGCAGCAUGGUACAAGAUGAGGUGUCCGGCCGGCUCAUUCUCACCAAUCUCUCCCUGGCUUCCUCGGGCACCUACCGCUGUGUGGCCACCAACCAGAUGGGCAGCGCAUCCUGUGAGCUGACCCUCUCUGUGACUGAGCCUUCCAAAGGCCGAGUGGCCGGGGCUGUGAUCGGGGUGCUGCUGGGCGUGCUCUUCCUGUCAGUUGCUGUGUUCUGCCUGAUACGGUUCCAGAAAGACAGGAGGAAGAAGCCCAAGGAGACAUACGGGGGUAGUGACCUACGGGAGGAUGCCACCGCACCUGGGAUUUCUGAGCAAACUUCUGUGAGGGCCGAUUCUAACAGUGGGCUCCUGGAGAGGCCCUCGUCUGCCAGCACUGUGACGACCACCAAGUCUAAGCUCCCUAUGCUUGUCUGAUUUCUCUCCCGAUCCCUGAGGGGGGAAUAUCAAGAAGUAAAGCCUUUGGGUACCAUA